AUGCUGGUCCUUAUUGGGGUCUCGGACAUCUCGACACGACAAUACUACUCCUCGGAUCUUGAGUUCUUCAGACGCAAUGACCGAGGCAUCCCUAUACCGUUGAGCCAGAGUUCUCAUAUCCCUGACCAAUAUGAGACUUCCAGUCAUCUCAGCAGUCGAACGACACCCUCUGAAACCGAAAAUAGGGCGACCAGCGGAUCAAGGAAGCGUGUGCCAGUUGCCUGCGAGAGAUGCCGGAAACGAAAAAUUAAAUGUAGUGGUAACGAGGGAGAUAAUCAAAGUUGCGCCAACUGCAAACAUGCCGGUCAUGAAGACACCUGCCGAUUUCUUCGAGUCUCGUCGAUGGAAACAGGGCCUUUUGGCUUUCGAAGUUGGCAAGGACCUCCUCGAUACUCCCCAUAUUCACUCCCUUCAAACCAUCGACUAAACUACAUAUCAUUGUCGUCAAGAUGUAAUCCACAAGCAUCUCUGCAGUAUCCUUCUGCUUCCCCAAACCUUGACUUCGGAGAAUAUGCCAAUCCAAAUCCGAAUAUCGACUGGGCAAGAACACCGUAUGUUGGAUCAUACUCUCCCUACCCGGACGAUGAGGUGACAAGGCCAUAUUCGGCCCAACCGCCACCAUAUAUCCUGCCAAACACAGACCCUAUGUCGGUAGGUAAUGGGUACUAUGUCCAUACGCAGGGAGUUCGCCCACAUCUUGAAAUGCUUUGGGCCGACCCUCAGCAUUGCAUGCCUCAGCCCACCUCUCAGUUACCAAAUUCAACCUUCACAGUUACCUCCGAAGCUCCACAGUCCUUCCACACGAUUGGACUUUCCGGAAACCUCCCCUCAGACCGGAUUCUCCCAACGCCGAUUACGGGUCGAAGUUUCAUUCCUCCCCCCAUCAUUUCGAUGGACAGCAUUCCCCUGUCCACGUCAAACCAUCGGUAUCACACUUACUGGACCAGUGAAACAGCGACAUCUGACCAGCAAGUUUCUGCUCCGGUGGACCCAAGUGCAUCUCCAGAUCAGUCCAAGGAGACGAGAGAUACAUCGUAUACACUUCAAGACAUGCCUUAUGGCCAAAUGUCUUCGGGGGAAAGCCUUUCCACCACGGCCGUAUCAUCCGGGCUUCCACUGACUAUCAACGAAACGCAACCUUCACCUAAUAGGACUAUCACAUCGCCAGAGGAGGUCCAACCGCAAGCACAACAAACGGGCCCGGGAUUGAGGCUAAGAACGGUGUCUCAGGAGAGCCUCAAGUCCACUCCUGAAAGCACCCCAAUGACAUAUGGAUACAAAGGCUCAGUCAGCGGGCGCAUCUCACGUCUGAGAAAUGCUACAGGUCGACUCUCGAGCGGAUCACUCUAUGGUCGUACGCAGAUGGCUCCACGAAGAAAUCCGACCUCAGAUGACUACAGCCAUGAGUGCUCUAGCUACCAAACUGAUUCGAAUCGCGCUUCAGUUGCCCCAAUCAGCAAUGUCUCAUCGGGUUAUUGA